AUGUCAGGAGGUGUUGAUUCAAGUGUAUCUGCUUAUUUAUUAAAAAGGCAGGGUUAUUUGGUAGAAGGCAUUUAUAUGCGUAAUUGGGAUUUGGUGGAUGAUAUAGGUGCAUGUACAAGCGAUAGAGAUUGGUCAGAUGUACAAAAAGUAUGUGAACAAUUAGAAAUACCUUGCAAUCAGAUUAAUCUUACUAAAGAAUAUUGGUUAAAUGUGUUUAUUAAAAUGAUUCAUGAUUAUGAAAAUGGUAUAACGCCUAAUCCUGAUAUUAUAUGCAAUCGUGAAAUUAAAUUUGGAGUGUUCUUGGAUAAAUGUUUGAAUUCUUCUACAUCAAUCAGUCAAAAUGAAAAUAGUACAACUUGGAUUGCAACAGGACAUUAUGCUAGACUUGAAUAUAACAAUUUAGGAAGAAUAAAGUUAUUAAGAGGCGUUGAUACUCUUAAAGAUCAAAGUUAUUUUUUGUCAACAGUUUCAGAAGGAAAAUUAAAAAAAGUAAUAUUUCCAAUUGGAAAUUUAUAUAAAACAAAUGUUAAAUCAAUAGCAAAAGAAUUGAAUCUGAUCACAGCAAGUAAACCCGAAAGUAUGGGUGUUUGUUUCAUUGGUGAAAAAAAGAAAUUUUCAGAUUUCUUGGAACAAUUCAUUCACAGAAAAAAUGGUGAACAUAAAGGAUUAUUUGCAUAUACAAUUGGGCAAUGUGUAAAAAUCAAUUAUUUACAAGAAAGAUGGUUUGUAUUAAAAAUAAAUGUUGAAGAUAAUACUUUAAUUGUGGUACCUGGAUCAACAAAUUCAUUAUUAUAUUCCAAAAAACUUGUUGCAAAAGAUUGGAUCUGGAUUUGGAAUGACUUACCAAAAGAAAUUUUGCAAAUAAAAUGUAAAAUUAUUGAAUUUGAUCAUAAUAACAACAAACAUAUUAUUGAAUUCAAAGAAUCAGUAAGAGCAAUUGCUCCUGGUCAAAAUGUUGUUAUUUGGUAUAAUAAUUAUUGGUGCCUUGGUAGUGGUGUAAUUGAAAAAUCUUUGAUUUAA